UUGCAGCAGUCGGUCAACAUCAGCCGGCGACCCGCACUGCCCUCUCGCGCAAGUCUGGAUUGGCAGUGACUCCACUCCUGUACAGUGGCCAGAUGCGGAAUUCGACGAAAGGUCCGGCCCCGCUCGGACGCAGUGCCCGAGCGAUCGCUUAGACAGGACUGAUGUUGCGCGUGCCCAUCCUUCCCCGGCUGAAUCUUGCGAUUGUCGGUGUGCCCAUCGCCACCGGUGAUAAUUAUUGGCAUCUACGUGGUUGAUCGCCCAUUGAGGUACACCCCGACGUUGGCUGCUGCUGAGACUAGUUUAGUGCGUUGCAUUUUCGCGUCUGGGCAUGGUCUGGGAUGGCCAAUUAUUGAACGCAGGAGCAUUGUCUCACUGUGUUCGCAGCACCGCUCUCUCGUCAUUUGGCUUGUUUCCGAGGGGAGUGAUCCGCUAUGUGAUCGCGAGAGGCCGACAGCGCCGUGGCGACACCGAUCGAUGUGUUUUCCCUCGGAAGCAGCUGGAGGCGCUUUCUUGUCUCGGUGCUCUUUGCCCCUUUCCAGACCCUAGAAGUGGAUCGUCGCUGAAUCGUUCGACAAACUUAUUCCCGGCCUUCCUCUGCCUCUUCGCACAUUAGUUUAGGUGCAGGAGUUUCGCACGACGACGACCUCAGAGCAGUGCGUUUCUCGGGCUUCUGAGGCCAUGCCGAUUUAGUACGUAGUGCAUGCGGUGGAUCACGAGGCAUCAUGGAUUGGAAGGUUGGCCUUUUCUAAGACUGCGGGACGGGGUUUUGGCCACAAUGUAUGAUCGUGAUUUUGAAACGUCCAUAUUAGUGAUGCGGCAAGCACAAGAUUUUUCCAAUUCGAGGUCAGCAGGCAGUCCAGAAGCCCACGCAGACGUGAAUGACCUCUUCUGAAGGGGAUUGCUGGCUGUGUAGAAAACUUUGUAAAGCUUAGACGAAUGCCGCAAACUAAUUCUUCAAAGGCUCAGUCGAUGGCGGACUCUGUUCUUAUGAGAAGACUAUGGUGGUUGCAGAGUUUUUUUUUCUCAACAUGGAUCUUCUUCUGUUUCAAGGCUAUAAAAGAAGCUAUUUUCCUUGUGGAUGAGGACUAUAGAACUCGAUUUCUGGGCGAAGUAUUUCUUUAUUACAACCCCAUGUUCAUGGUGGCACUGGUUCUUUGGUUAUGGGGAAUAAACCUGUACGUUUUCGCCUAUUCUCGCAUAAGCUACGCCAAAGUGUUUGAUUUGGAUCCAAGUCACCUCACUCAUCGAGAUAUUUGGAAGAUCGCAGGGGGACUAACAAUGACGGUGCUCACCAGUAUGUCCUUGUAUAUGUACUUCUACUCACAAGGACAGUUAAACUAUGCAGCAGCACAACCGCUCUUUCUGUAUUGUGCUUUACCACUAUUUCUGGGGCUUCCACUGAACGUCUGCUACGCCUCAUCGCGGUUUUUCUUUUUGAACACUCUUGCAAGACUUGCAUUCCCUCUAAAUCCCAUUACAUUUGCAGAUUUUUUUGUUGCAGAUGUACUCACCUCCAUGGCAAAGGUCUUCUCGGACAUGGAGCGCGCUCUUUGCACAAUGUAUUUUUACCAGGUUGCGAAGCCAGAGUUGGCAAUCAGACCUGGGAUGUGCGGCAGCGAUUCCGUAUGGAUACCUUUUAUCCUGGCAUUUCCAUACGCUUGCCGUUUUUUCCAAUGUUUGAGGCAGUACUCGGACACCAGAGAUAAAUCUUGCCUUUUUAAUGCUCUGAAGUAUGCAACAGCCUUCCCGGUGAUCGGCUUAUCUGCUCUCAAGUACCACAUCAUGUGGGAUCUUUGGCUCUCUAGAUUCCGUCCUCUUUGGUUAUUCUUCAGUCUCAUCAACUCGUGUUACUCAUACUACUGGGAUCUUAGUCGGGAUUGGGAUUUUGGAUGUUUCACUACUGCUUGUCAAAAGAGAAAAAAUUCGGCACUUCGUCCAAAUUUGUAUUACAGCAGGCGAUGGGUGUACUAUUGGGCCAUCGGGAGCAAUUUGGUGUUGAGAGGUGCCUGGACUUACAAGCUAUCAGCACACUUGCGAGAUUAUCGGCUGACUGCGUUCGCUUUCUCAGCCCUGGAGAUUCUCCGUAGAUUUCAGUGGAUUUUUUUCAGAGUGGAGAACGAAUUCAACAAGAUGAACAUGCGCGCCCCCGCGGCGUCGAUAUCUUUGAAAAGUAUGUCACCCACACAAGAGAAAGAGAGUCUAUUAUCCUCUAUAAUUUGAGGAGAGAAGAGAAGGUGUUACAACCCGUUUUGGUCUUGCACGAUCUUCGGUUCACCUCAUUGAUUCGUUCAUGAUAUUCAGAAUGGAGAUGUGGAUGCAUCUUCUGCCAGUUCCAAAAUUUUGGAUCACUUGUCUACCACCCAAGCAUAAUUUUUUCAAGGUUCUCCAUGCCCAAGACAGGCAGUCUCGUCAGCAUAACUAUCACUUCUCUUAAGCUGUUAGUUAGGGAAAAUUUAUUCACCGAGGAGUAACGAAGUAAGUUGAUGUGAGGAAACAAUGAGAACCAGGGAGCGGACUCGAGUCGGAUUAAAAUUAGUCUGGGAUACUCUUCCGAGAUGCAAUUCUUGGCCUAGGUGAACGAACAGGCUUAGUCUAGUCCAGUAAAGCCUUAUUCCAUGUGAAAUCUAUCUUUUGGAAAGCUAUAAGAAAAUGGCUGAACCAUAACUUCAAUACAGGAAACUAUGAUUUUUUU